GAAAACGCACCCCGAUGGGGGAACCAACACCGGUGCUGUCUGUGUGAUCUGCAAUGAAUCAACUCCUGCAACACGUUGUGUCCAAAGAAGAACAUCUAGAAGCUAACAGGUUAGAGAAAUAGCUCAAGAUGGAGAGACAGUUGAAUGACGAUUCUGCCUACUUGCAGUCCUUUGAGUUGUUUUUGGAGAAUUCCACUGAACACAAGAGCAUUAAGAAUUUCAUCUAUACGACUUUACCAGACAUCCUGGCCCGGAUCGGAGCAGGAGAACCCACUCUGAAUGUAAUGGGAGUGGGAAGUGGAUCAGGUGAGAUUGAUCUGGAAAUCCUUAAAGUGCUGCAUGAAAAGCAUCCGGACGUUAAAGUGGAGAAUGAGGUGGUGGAGCCAAGCAACGCUAUGCUUAACAAAUAUAGAGCGUUGUUAACGGAGACGCCAGCCCUUAAAGAUGACACCUUCACAUGGAAUAAAAUGACCGCAACAGAGUUCCAGGGUGAAUGGAAGAAAAAAAACUCUGAUAAAAAGAUGCACUUAAUUAGCAUGAUUCAGAUGCUGUACUAUGUGAAGGAUCCAGGGGCCACAGUUUCCUUCUACCGGAGUUUACUGCACAAAAAUGGCAAAAUCCUUGUAAUUCUGCUCACAAGAGAAAGUGCAUGGGGCAGACUAAUGAAUGCCUACAAAGAUCAGCUGGCCCAGGAAGGAGCUACCAUGCAUGUUACAACUACAGAUGUCAAGAGUUAUCUGGAUUCCAAAACAAUUCCCUACCAAAGCUACAAGUUAGAGUCCCUGUUGGACAUCACAGAGUAUUUCACAACGGAAGAUAAAAAAGAAGAGGAAAUACUGGACCUCCUCACUGAGGUGAUCGACUUCAGUAAGACUGCUCCUCCAGAGCUGAAGGAUGGAGUGGUGGAGUUUCUUAAAAAUCCAAUCAACAAGCUAGAAGUGAACGGCAAGAUCCUGUUUGAUUGUAGCAUGGAGGCCUUGCUGAUUGAUGCAUAGGUCCAAAACAUUCAGAUGCACUGUGCAGAAAAAUACUCGUCCAACUGCCAUGAAAUGAUGAGGAAUAAUAAAUAAAUAAAUAGUUUUUUUUUU